CACAAUAACAACAACCACACCGGAGAUUCGCAAAGCAAAUCGCUUCAUUGGUCGUUGGGAUUUGGCUGGCAGUGCUGCUCGUUUAAUUGUUUAACCAAUUUUUGUACAAACCAAAUUUGCAAAUAUGCUGAAGCAAGUGACGAAACAAUUGGCCCUGCAGGGAGUGCGCAACUUCUCGGUUAGCCAGCAGAACAACUAUAAGGUCACCGUAUGCGGCGCCUCCGGUGGUAUUGGCCAGCCUCUGUCGCUGCUGCUGAAGCAGAAUCCCCUGGUCACCGACCUGGCUCUGUACGAUAUUGUGCAUACGCCCGGUGUGGCCGCCGAUCUGUCGCACAUCGACACCAAGAGCAAGACCGCCGGAUUCAUGGGAGCCGACCAGCUGGGCGAUUCCCUGAAGGGCUCCGAUGUAGUCGUCAUCCCUGCUGGUGUACCCCGCAAGCCCGGCAUGACCCGCGAUGACCUGUUCAAUGUUAACGCCGGUAUCAUCAAGGACAUCUCCAACUCCAUUGCCAAGAACUGCCCCAAGGCCCUGGUGGCUAUCAUCACCAACCCGGUGAACACCUGCGUGCCCAUCGCUGCCGAGAUCCUCAAGAAGGCUGGUGUGUACGAUCCCAAGCGUCUGUUCGGUGUCUCCACUCUGGAUGUUGUGCGCGCCCGCGCCUUCAUCGGCCAUGCCUUGGGCGUGGAUCCCCAGACUGUUCAGAUCCCCGUUAUUGGCGGACACUCCGGUGUCACCAUUCUGCCUGUGCUGUCCCAGAGCCAGCCUCAGUUCAAGGGCAACCAGGAUACCAUCGAGAAGCUGACAGUGCGUAUCCAGGAAGCCGGUACCGAGGUUGUGAAGGCCAAGGCCGGAGCUGGCUCCGCCACGCUUUCGAUGGCUUACGCCGGCGCCCGUUUCGCCGGAUCCCUGCUGAAGGGUCUUAACGGAGAGAAGAACGUGAUCGAGUGCUCGUACGUUCAGUCAACCAUUACUGAAGCUACCUUCUUCUCUACACCCUUGGUCCUGGGCAAGAACGGUCUGCAAGAGAACCUGGGUCUGCCUAAGCUCAACGAUUACGAGAAGAAGCUGCUCGAGGCUGCCAUCCCUGAGCUGAAGAAGAACAUCCAGAAGGGCAUUGACUUCGCCAAUGCCUAAGCGGUUGAAUCGACAAUAUCCUCACCCACCCAUCCAUAGACGAAUUGCUUAAAUCGUGUACUUCACUAGCGAAUUGGCGCUAUUCCUGUAGAAAAUCUUCAUAAGUCGGUGUGUCCAAAGAUUAAAGAGAUCUACGCUCUGUGUGAAAAUAAUUAAACCAGUUGAUAUCUGAAAUAAAUAAAUUAAAAAUCUGGA